AUGGGCGAACAAAGCCCCUCUAGCAAAGUUGAUGAUGCUAGCGAGCACGCAGAUAGUAUCAAAUUUCGAAGCUCCGAGUUCAAACUAAAGCCAGACCAGCUGGCCGAGCUUCAUGACCCCAAGUCGAUGGCAGCGUUCGUGAACCUGUUUGAUGAAGAUCCCAACAACUUGUACACGUUCCUAGGGACUGACAAAGGCUCCGGUCUCAAUAUUGCAGACGAAGAUGUCACGGAAACUGAGCGCUACAAAAUAUACGGUGACAACCGGAUCCCGCAGCGGAAACCAAAGUCGUUUCUAGAGCUAGCAUGGGAGGCGUUCCAAGACCGUAUCAUGAUCCUUUUAACAGUAGCAGCUGUGAUAUCUUUUGCUUUAGGGCUGUAUGAAACGCUGGGACAACCGCCUGAGUACGACUCGGAGGGUAAAGAGAUCACCAAAGUUGACUGGGUUGAAGGAGUCGCGAUCAUGAUCGCUGUACUCGUAGUUAUCUUGGUUGGAUCUGCGAAUGACUACCAAAAAGAACUCCAAUUUUCUAAGCUGAACAACAAGAAAAACGACCGUGAAAUUAUUGUACUGCGGAAUGGUGAUGAGCAUCUGAUUUCCAUCCAUGAUAUUCUCGUCGGCGAUAUUAUAGUACUACAAACAGGUGACGUUGUGCCAGCUGACUGUGUUCUAGUAAAGGGAUCAUGUGAAUGUGAUGAAUCGGCCCUUACGGGUGAGUCCCAAACCAUCAAAAAAGCCUCUAUUGACGUUGCGUGCUCAAAGUACAAGCAUUUGAGCGCUAACGACGCUGCAAUAGACAUUGGUGUUCGUGCAGCGGAGAAAGUUCCCGAUCCCAUGCUGAUAUCUGGGUCUAAGCUGCUUUCAGGCCUUGGUCGCGCUGUGGUGACCUCUGUGGGGGUAAAUUCCGUUCACGGUAGGACAUUAAUGUCGUUGAAAGUCGAAAACGAAACAACUCCCUUGCAAGAGAGGCUUGAUAGCUUAGCCAACAGUAUUUCUGUUUAUGGCUCGGUCGCCGCAUUGAUUUUGUUUAUUGUCUUGUUUAUUCGGUUUCUGGUUAACCUAAAAAAGGGAGGGCACCUAAGUGGCUUGUCGCCUGCCCAAAAAGGCUCUAGAUUCAUGAAUAUUUUCAUUGUUGCUAUUACAAUUAUUGUGGUGGCUGUUCCCGAAGGACUACCACUCGCUGUGACCUUGGCGCUGGCUUUUGCAACCACGAGGAUGGCCAAAGAUGGCAAUCUAGUGAGGGUAUUGAGAGCGUGCGAGACAAUGGGAUCUGGUACCGCUGUAUGUUCUGACAAAACUGGCACUUUGACAGAAAACCGCAUGACUGUGGUUAAGGGUUUUCUCGGGACAACGCAUUUUGAUGAAACUGAGGAAACGUCGGAAGUGGUUGAACCUGAAGAUCACAUAAUAUCGAAAGACUGCCCUCAGGCCACAAAGAAGGAUCUUUUGGUUAACAUAACAUUGAACUCUACCGCGUUUGAAAACAAGGAUGAUGAUGAAGGCAUGGAAUCUAAUGAAAACCCCUUCCAUAAGCCGAGGAAAACACUUUUUCCUUGGAGUCGCAACAAUAGAAAGGAAAGGCACACCACUGCUAAUGAACUGAUCGAGAACGCUCCGGACCAGGACAGAGAGCCUUUCAUAGGUUCAAAGACUGAAACUGCUCUUCUUUCUUUUGCCCGGAAGCACUUGGAUAUGCAGGAUCUACAGAACUAUCGGGAACACCCAGAAAAUCUGGAUGUUGCAGAAGUAGUCCAGGUUAUUCCUUUCGAGAGUGUCAGAAAGUGGGGAGGCGUUGUUCUCAAGUACAAUGACGGCACAUACAGAUUUUUCAUCAAGGGCGCGGCAGAGUUGAUAUUGAAAAGAUGCAAGCAGAAGAGGACCUCAGAUGGGAAGUCAGGCUCAAUUUCGGAGGAAGACUUUGAAAGCGCCAGUCGAACAAUCACUGGACUGGCUGCAGAUGCGUUGAGAGCAAUUUCCUUGGCGCAUAGGGACUUCUUGAAUUGUCAAAGCUGGCCACCGGAGGAACUGCAAGAUCCAGCGGACCCAAGCUUAGCCUUACCAGACCGUCUCUUUGGGGAUGAGGUCUCAUUUUUGGGCUCACACACCGAUCCUAGUGGAGUGCCAAAAGAGGGUUUGGUACUGGACGCAAUUGUGGGUAUUCAGGACCCCCUCCGGAAAGGCGUGAGGGUUGCUGUGGAACAAUGUCAAAAAGCUGGUGUCACAGUUAGAAUGGUCACCGGUGAUAACAUCUUGACAGCUACGGCAAUUGCCAGGAAUUGCAGUAUCUUGCAAGGAGGAUUCGCUGACGAUCCUGACAGCUCAAUGGAAGGCCCCAAAUUCCGGAAAUUGGCCACUAAGGAGCGUCGGCGUAUAGUCCCUAAGCUCAGGGUUCUUGCUAGGUCGUCACCGGAAGACAAGAGAAUACUGGUUGAGACUUUAAAGGAAAUGGGUGAUGUCGUGGCUGUUACAGGCGACGGCACAAAUGAUGCUCCUGCUCUAAAGCUUGCCGACGUCGGUUUCUCUAUGGGUAUUUCUGGUACAGAAGUUGCAAGAGAAGCUUCUGAUAUUAUCUUGAUGACCGACGAUUUCUCUGCGAUCGUAAAUGCUAUCAAAUGGGGUAGGUGUGUCUCAACCUCAAUCAAAAAAUUUAUUCAAUUUCAAUUGACUGUCAACAUCACUGCUGUUGUUCUUACGUUUGUUUCUGCUGUCGCAUCUGCUGAGGAGACCUCUGUUUUAACAGCGGUUCAGUUGCUUUGGGUGAAUUUGAUCAUGGACACAUUGGCUGCUUUGGCUCUUGCUACGGACAAGCCUGACGAGAACAUUUUGGACAGAAAACCUAGAGGCAGAGAAGCACCUUUGAUAACCGUUUCUACCUGGAAAAUGAUUUUGGGGCAAUCAACCCUUCAGCUUAUUGUAACAUUUGUUCUACACUUUGCGGGGAAACAGAUUUUUUUCCCUCACAAAGCGCACAUAACUGGGCAUGAACAACAACAGCUUAACGCUAUGACAUUCAACACGUUUGUAUGGCUGCAGUUCUUCAAGCUCAUCGUAACACGGAAGCUAGACGAGGCGGAUGGCAUUUCAAACGUCAGAGAUAGAAUUACGGCGUCUAACUUAAACUUCUUCCAGGACCUUUUCAGAAACUACUACUUUUUGGUAAUCAUCCUUUUAAUCGGAGGUUUCCAAGUUUUGAUUAUGUUUGUCGGAGGUGCUGCGUUUUCAAUUGCUAAACAGACAGGCGCCAUGUGGGCAACCGCGAUAAUUUGUGGCAUGCUGUCUCUCCCAGUAGGUGUUAUAAUCAGGAUUAUACCAGACGAGUGGGUUCUCAAGGUAUUCCCCUCGCGGUUCGUGAAAAUGAUUCUUUAUGUCCUAGGGUUCAAAUUUUUGAGAAAGUCAGGAAAUAAAAACGAAGAAGAAGAGUCCUUACUAGACAGUAAUAGCGAUGCUAAAUUAGUCGGUUCAACAGCUUUCGAGAGAGCUAAGACAGAAAUGCUGGCGUUUAAAGAUCAUGUGGGGCUUGAUAACAACCACUUGAAUCCUUUUCAAGCCUACAAAAAGUGGAGACAUUCUUCUUCUUCAUCAGCAGGGUCUGAUAGUGAGGAAAGCCACUACUAUAUAGCUUCUGCUACAAUGGUACCGACGUUGGUUGGUGGCGCUGUCGGUGGCUUCUCCCAUAUCACUAUGAAGGAUGGGCCGUCCGACAAGAAGGCCAGUUGA